UGAAUCAUCCAAAAUCCAAGCCCUUUAUCUCUGCGCGACUAGGGCAUCAUUCACUUCACUUCAAAUACUCAUUUGAGCUUCUCUUCUCUUCUGCUUUUAUUCUUCAGCCCUGCCGCAGAGCAUCUUAUUUCCGCUAACCAAUCACCAUGGGGAAGACACGUGGAAUGGGAGCUGGUCGCAAGCUGAAGUCCCAUCGUAUAAAACAACGCUGGGCUGAUAAGGCUUAUAAAAAAUCCCAUCUAGGUAAUGAAUGGAAAAAACCAUUUGCAGGGUCUUCCCAUGCUAAAGGGAUUGUUCUUGAAAAAAUUGGUAUUGAGGCUAAGCAGCCAAACUCUGCCAUUAGAAAAUGUGCCCGUGUACAGCUGAUUAAGAAUGGGAAGAAAAUUGCGGCCUUUGUGCCAAACGAUGGGUGUCUAAAUUAUAUUGAGGAGAAUGACGAGGUAUUGAUUGCAGGAUUUGGUCGGAAAGGCCAUGCUGUUGGUGAUAUUCCCGGUGUUAGGUUCAAGGUUGUGAAGGUUUCUGGUGUGUCUCUUUUAGCUCUGUUCAAGGAGAAGAAGGAGAAGCCAAGAUCAUGAGCAGCCUUGGAGUUGUUUUGGAUAAAAAUGACCAUUUCUGUCCCUAGUAUAGGUUUUUUGUAAUGUGAGAUUUCACUUUUCUGUUUCAUCAUGGCAAACCAAACUAUGUUUGUUAACAAGAGCAGAAGUUUAUUUCACUAUAUUCUUAGCUUGUGUUUUUUGAUGAAUCCUAAGCCACAAUUGGUUUGAUGUACAUAUGCAUUUAGCAUGAAAAAGGGAAAUGAAAAAUGUUGAAUC